GUUUGUUUCAUGAAGCAAAAAUUAAGCGCUGAAUUGACGUCGAUCUUGUUUGUUUUCCUAAUCGACCGACAAGUAGGACCACAUCAACGAUUUGGUUACUUAGUUUACAGAUGUACAUAACUUGGUGCAAUGCUUAGGUACAUCUGUAUACAAAAGAUAAAUGAAGGCUUGUAGAAGAAGAGCAGUGUCAUGAAGUUCCAUUCUACUCAUGGCACAUCAGUAACUCUGUCCGGGAAUAAAACACAAGCAAACCGAGCUGAGGGCAUAUUUUGUAAUGGAAUGACCUUUGGUGACCAACAGGUCAAAGUCAAUCAGAAAGUAUGUGUUGAAUUAUCAACCUCAACAUCAUGGAGUGGUGCUUUAGGUAUUGGACUAACCACAAAUAACCCAUCUAAAAUAAACCAAUCAGAAUUGCCUAGGUUUGCUUUUCGUAAUUUAGUAGAGAAAGAUGGUUACUGGAUAAGAGCUGUUGCAGAAAAAUGGAUCAAGGAAAAGUCAAAGUUAAUUGUAUAUCUAAGUUCUGCAGGAGCCCUUCAGCUAUUUAUAGAUGGGGAUUACAAAGGAGCAUGGGUAACCAACAUCCCAACAGACAAACAGCUGUGGCUUGUUGUGGAUAUCUAUGGGAAUACAACCGGAGCCAAGCUUGUCAAACCAGAUGAUGCACCAAAAGAAAUUCUUGCCAGAGGACCAGAUGCUGUUAUGGCCUAUGAAGAGGCCUGUACCUCAGGGACCAAAGUUAUCUACCGUAGUAGGCUUAUGUUGGUUGGCCAAGACAGAGUUGGCAAAACAAGUCUUAAAAAAUCCUUAAUUGGCCUAGAACACAAUGCCAAAGAAGAGGCUACAGAUGGCAUAGAUCUAUCAUUUUCUUGCUCCUUUAAUCUGUCACAAAAGUCAGAAUGGAAAUCAGCAAUCUCUGGUAACCAGAUCAACCAAGAGCUGUGUAACAGGAACCAGUCAGAUAGUAUAGGAGAAUAUGAUUCUAUAGAAGAAGAAUAUAACCAUGGAUUAGCUGAAAAUAUCAUGAAAGAAAUGGUCAAACAGAAAACAACCGUCAGAGCUAAAGUAUCUAGUCGAGACAGUUUAAGAAUUUUAUCUCUUGGUAGAAAAAAUGAUAAAGAAAAACAAAAUAUUAAGAACACACCCUCAUCAAAUAGUGAUCAUCCUAUCUUAAAUGAGACAAUAAACGAUGUUCCAGAAAGAGUGAUAGAACUUCUUCAGGAAAUGUUAGACCAACAGGAAAAUGGGAAAAAUCAGAAAUAUGGCAAAGAUUCUAAAGUAGGAACACCUGAAGAACCUGUUGCUAAGAAGGAAGCAAUACAAAAAGUGACCUUGAAUAUUUGGGACUUUGCAGGUCAAAGUGCCUAUUACACAGCACAUCAGGUUUUCUUGACCUUUAGAGCUGUUUACAUAAUUGUGUUCAAUCUGUGCCUUGAUUUAAAUGAUGCUAGCAGUCUGUCACAGGGUGAUACUGAUAUGAAUACUUUAGACUAUAUGGACUAUUGGUUGAAGACUAUUCAUGCUCAAAUCUCUGACAACACCAGAUCUCAGGUGGAUAAUACAAGAUUAUCUCCCCCUGUAUUUAUUGUAGGAACUCACAGAAAUAGUCUGGCUUCAGAUUGGGAAAUACAAGAAAUGAUGGUUGAGGAGAAGUUUAGUGUGAUACAAGAGUUUUUGGCAGACAAACCUUAUACUCAGCAUAUAAUUACACCAUUCAUUGCUGUAGAAAAUAAUAUAGACACUGGGGUUGAUGAUCAGAUUGAUUUCCUGAAACAAAAAAUACAAGAAGUAGCUGGUGAGGAAUCUUAUAUGGGAGAAACAAUACCACUAAAAUGGCUGAAGUUUGAACAGGAAGUGGUAAAACUGGUAGAACAAGGAACCAGUUAUGCAUCUUUUGACCAGGUUAUGGAAGUAGCUAGUACCAUUGGAAUAAUUACAAAAAAAGAGUUCGAAACCAUGUUGGAAUUUUUUCAUGAUUUGGGCGUGAUUCUUUAUUACGGUGGAUCUGGGUCAUUAGACAGUUUGUUGUGCAAUACCAUAAUUCUAAAACCACAAUGGCUGGUGGAUAUGUUCAAAAGAAUUGUCACGGCAAAGUCUCCUAAUGAUAAGUGGAGUUUAUCAAAGGACAAAUGGAAGAUGUUAAAUGAGAAAGGCAAACUAGAUGAAUCUUUGAUUGACAGCCUAUGGAAGGAUGUUAUUGAUGACAAACCUCUAUUGUUAGGGCUGAUGGAGAAGUUUGACCUCAUUUGUGAAUGUCUAACCAUAGAGUCAGAGGUUGGAUGUACUGGAAAAACAAAGUCCAGAUUAUUCUACAUUCCAUCUAGAUUAGUGAAUGAACCACAAAGUAAUCCUGAUCAAACCUUGUACAAACCUCAUCCAAACCAUGCUGUAUUUUAUUUCAAUUUCAAUAAGUAUCUACCAGAAGGGCUAUACCACAGGAUGAUAACAAGAACCAUUCGCUGGUGCCAAGAUAGCACCGGUAAAGAGCCUCACAGCAUGACCAAAGAUGCUGUCAGAUUUUAUCUUGAUCCAGAACAUGACUUUGUUUUGGAGUUGCUUCCAAGGAAACUUUAUAGUAUUAAGGUGGUACUAAUAAGAGUGACAGACCUGAAUGAACUACCAGAUUCUGAACCAGAAGAGGAAGGAAGUGAAGAAAAAGUAUAUGUACCAAACAUAUCUGUAUGUGCCAAGUUAAGAAACUAUUUAGAAAGUACUUUAUUUGAAUUGAAAGAAAUAUGGAUGAAGAGAAUGAUAUAUUCCACAUGUGUACAGUGUCCGUGUGAUAAAUCAUGUAGUCUCCAUGGAAACCAAAAGUGCCAGGAUGUAAAUUGUUUACAUUUCUUGAAUCUUGAUGAGUGCCUUACAUCAAAGGUUGUAUGCUGUGAUUAUAGAAGAGUAAAAACAAACAACAUACAGAACUUUUACCCUCAACCAUUACCCCUAGGACUACAGGGGAACAUUCUACCUCAAAUAGAUAUUGAAAAAGAAAAUAUAGAAAAAUACAACAAUCAGCUUCCAGUGUGGAUAAAAGGUUCUGCAAAGCUUCUCAGUUCAGGAGAGGAAAACCAGGACUGGAUGGCUUUGUCCAAACUUAUGGGUUAUAAAGAAGAACAAAGAGAUAAUUUAAUGGAUAACAUUAAUCCAGCUUUAGCUCUCCUGGCUGACUGGAUCCAUGCUGGUGGCAAUACAGGUUUAGCAGUAGAUAUGUUGAUAAGUUACCUGGAGAAGUUAGAGAGAGAUGAUGUCAUUGAUGUUAUAAACACUGGAAGAGCUGAUUCCACCCAGGAACCACCACAAGUGUUCAUCAGCUAUCAGUGGGAUAUACAAGAUGAAGUGAGCCUGUUACGUGACAAACUGGAGAAGUCUGGAUUCUCAUGUUGGAUGGAUAUUGGUCAGAUGGGGGGAGGUGAUCAGCUGAGUACUAAAAUUGAUGCAGGAGUUAGACAGUGCAAGAUAUUUUUGUCAUGUCUGACUCCUAAGUACAUCAUAUCUCAUCACUGUAACAGAGAACUUAGUCUUGCCGAUCUAUUGAAGAAACCUGUCAUACCAAUCAUGUUUGAGUCAGUAUCUUGGCCGCCACCUGGUGGCAUGUCUCUCAUCUUCUCACAGCUCGUCUAUAUACAGAUGAAAGGAGUGGGAGGCCAUGGAGGAACAGGUAUUCAUGCUGAUUUAAAUGACAAGUACAGGGAAAUAAUACACAAAGUUAUGAUGUUUGCUCAACCAGAUUUAAAUAAAUACUUUGAAAGUGAACAACCAGUUUUAUACAGUCCUGAUGAGGAAGAGGAUACUCAGAGUCGUAACUCACGAGACUCGCACGAACGGUUGUUACAAGAUAUCGCAGAAAGAUUUAGUGCUAGAAAUUUGAAUUUGACUAGGGCAUAUCUUCCUCCAGUCAUACCACAACCAGUGGACAAUGCAUUAGAUAAUGAUCAACGUGUUCAACAACAACAAGUUCAUGUUAGCAAGUGUUCAGUUUGUACUGUUUUGUAAGAUAGGCCUCAUAUUUAUUAAUCUUUAUUAUUUGUUCAGUUUGUACUGUUUUGUAAGAUAGGCCUCAUAUUUAUUGAUCUUUAUUAUUUUGUCCUACAAGUGUUCAGUUUGUACUCUUUUGUAAGAUAGGCCUCAUAUUUAUUAAUCUUUAUUAUUUUUUUCCCACAAAGUGUUUUUGACCGACGGGUAUUUUAUAGUGUUAUUUUAUUUCCUUAGGAUUUAUAAAUAAGUGGAAAUAAAGGUUAAUGAUUAAAAAAGUUUAGAAUGGUCAGUUCAUUUGUAAAAGUCAUUUUAUAUUUUAAUUCUGUUUCUAGUGAAAAGUUUUACACUUUUGUUUUGUACUUGAUUUACAAUUGUUCUUUUUUUUCUAUAUUACUUUAUUUUCUUUUUACUUUGUAACAGUUCAUUAUAAACUUUAUGAUUUUUUCUAUGUAAAAUUUAUACCUAAACACUUGUUAAUCUUUUCUAUCAUGAUAUUAAGAUAUUGUUAACAAUAUCAAUUGUUUUAUAUGUUGAAUAUAUUAUAUUGAACACUUGAAAGUAAAUCUCAAGGUGUUUAGAUAGAACAGCUAACAAUUAUUAAUCAUCAGAUUUUGACUUGAAUGAGCAUCAUAACAGCCCUCACUAGUUGAGCAGGAACUGUUUACAUUUCUGAGUCAACUAAGUUUACCACCAGUUUUAGUUUGGUCGGUAUAUGGAUGCCAUUUAAAAGUCCUUUGUAAAGAAUUAUGUAUUCUAUAUGCUUUUAUCAACUUUACAAAUUUAGUUUACCCCAGAGUGCUUUCAUUUUAUAUAUCCAGUGAACUUAUAAUUCCCCUUAUCAAAAUUAAAAGGACUAUGGGUAAUUCCACUCAUCUUACAUCAAAAUGAAAAAACUUUAAUACAUCAUUGGCUGAAUUUCUUUUGGUUUUGGACGCUUCAAACCAAUCAUAAUAUUUUGGUGUGCACUUUUAAUAUAUUACCCAAAAUGCAUUAGAUUCUAAAAGAGUGAAUUAAGGAUACUUCUGAAACAAGAAGGUCUGCUUCACAUCCUGAUCUUUUUCUUGAUAUUGACUCAGAUAGAUUUAUACUUUGAUUAAAAGGAACAAAUGUUCUAACUCAAUGUGAGUCAGCAAUAAAACCAGUAUUUGUAUGACAGUAGAUAUAUCUUGUCAAUUAAUGGUAUGAGGUGGGCGGGUGUUGUCCUUUUCUGUAGUUAAAAAGUUUCAUUUCCAUGCAAUGAUUUGUCUUUCUAAAAUUGAGAAUGGAAAUGGGGAGUGUGUCAAAGAGACAACAACCUAACCAAAGAGCAGAAAACCGUCAAAGGCCAUCAAUUGGUAAGUAACACUGCUAGAAAAUCCCACACCCUGAGGUGUGCUUCAGCUGGCACAAAAUGUGUACUUGUUCAAUAAAAAUAGAAUUCACAUCAAACUCUAAAACAUAUGAUUGAACUGUCAUAUACUAUUAUACAAGUUGUAUCAGAUUUUAUAGGAAGUAUUCUUUUGUAAUCCUCCCCCAAAUCCAGACCGUCAUUAUAUUCUUUUGAAAUAGAUAGAUCAGUGAUACAUUCAUUGUUCUUACAUUCUGUUCUCUUUCUGUUUUAGAUGUAUUGUUAUAAAUUUAUCCCAAAUGUUUCAUCUCUAAAUAUUAUUAUUUGCUUAUACUGUUUAUACUGUAUUUUCCUGUUAUGUUUAUUUUUCUCUCAUUUUUUAUAUGAAGACUCUUUACAUCAAGCACAAUUACAAUAAAAUAUGUUAUUUUU